AAACACUGCGCACUGAUGCUGUCGGACCCGCGGUCUCCAGGCGUCAAUAGGGGACCUCUACGAGGAUGUAUAAGCUGAACUUGCCGGGGGACGAUUCAGAGGCGAUGGCCACGGAGCGCCGGCGAGCUGCAGAGGCCGCCCGGAAAAAAAGGAUUUUCAAUGCUCGCAGUCGGAUUAUGGGAGUAGACCUGAAAGCACUGGACCAGCAGGUCGCUGAGAAACGUGAUCGAGAAGAACAGGAGAGGCAGCGGGAGAAGGCCUUUGAGUUACUACGAAUGAGACAAGAUGUUCUGCUCAUGCAGCAGCAUAAAGAGGAGGAGGACAGAAGACUGGAACUGUCUCGGGAAUUAGAGCAACUGAGAGCAAUUCAGCAGCGAGCUCAGGACUCCCGUGAUGAUGAUCUUCAUAGGAGCCACCAGGAGGCAGCAGUGCCUUCACUCAGAGCUCCACCGGCUGAAUUAGGACCGGCUAGCAUGCAGAUUUUCCAGGGAGAAGAUGCCGAGUACAAGGAACGGAAGAGAGCUCAGAUGGAAGCUUGCAAGAAAGCUCUGAGAGCACAAGGAGAAGAGAAGGAGAGACUGUGCCAACAGCAGAGACACAUGGAGCUGCUGAGAGACAUGACUCAGCUCCAGAAUGAUCUGAGAGAAGUCCAACUCAGUGCUGGGGAAGAGGACUCUAAGAGAACUGCUCGCAUUGCUCUGGACAACUACAACCGUGCUCAGGCUGAGCAACGGGCAGAACGGCAGAAGAAAGAGCGGCUAAGGGCAGAAGAGGAGGAGCUAAUGGAAGUGUGGCACAGCAUGACCUCCGACUUUCUGACCGAACGUCCCGAAGCAGCGCUGAGGACAUUGGAGAAGACAGACAGAGGGAAGGAGAUGAAGACAACGAGGGCGAGCGUGCUCAUCGAUCGAUGGAAGGGGAUGAGUGCAGAGCAGCUGAGCGCCAUCCACAUGGAGCAAAGGGAACAGUGUGCUGAGAAGGAGAGAAAUAGGAACACUGAGAAGCAGAGAGAGGCAGUGUGGGAUUCCCUGCGGACAGAGCUGGCAAGACAGGAGGAGGAGGAGGAGGGGAGGGUAAGGAGAAAGGAGAGGGAGAAGAGGGUCGAGAUGGACCGUUACAACAAGCAGCUGGCCGUGGAGCAUAGCGCACACCUCCAGCAUCUGACCAAGCAGGUGUACAGCAACAAGCCUACAGCGUACUACUUCGCACAGUUCGGCAGCAGCUCUCGCUGACUACUCCUGACUACUACCCCCAUUCGUGUGACACGACUGCAUAACUAUAUUAAUGCCGAAGCAAACAAAAAAUAUAGAUGAGCACAGCAAUUCUAGCAAAAAUG